AUGAGGAGGUCUCUCCCUGCUGAGGGUGCCACCCCAUCUCCUUCUUCCUCCUCCAGGUGCCCGCGUCACCAGCUGUCCUGCUUAUACUUUCUCCUAUUAUCUCUAAGCAAAGUCAUCAUGCCUCGAGGUCAGAAGAGUAGGGUUCACGCCCAGGAGAGGCGUUCUCAGGCCCGUCAGGAGUCUGCUCAAGCAAAAGCAGCAGCAGCCGAGUCCUCCGUCUCCGCAUCUCCUCCUGAAGGUGCCGAGAAGACCUUGGCUAUUACUGUGUUCCGCAGCACUUCUGAGAAGCCUAAGAAAGCCACAUCUAUUGCUACUACUUCUGCAAGCAUGAUCAGCACUAGAUCUAAAGAAGUUUGCAGUGUCCGGCUUGCGAAAAAGAAAAUUAAAGCCGAAGCUUCAUCUGGCACUAAGAAUUCCAGUAGAGAUUCUCUAAUCAAGAAGAUUGGGUUGUUGGAGCAAUUCCUGCUCUACAAGUACAAAAUGAAGCAGGCCAUUACAAAGGAAGACAUGCUGAAGGUUAUCAACCAGAAGUACAAAGACCAGUUUGAUGAGAUCCUCAAGAAAGCCUCUGAGCACAUCGAGAUUAUUUUUGCAGUUGAUGUGAAGGAAGUCGAGUCAAACCCGGAAUCGUAUGAGCUCAUCAGCAAGCUGCAACUCCCAAACAAUGGAAGGAUUCGUGGUGGCAGGGGCUUACCGAAGACCGGUCUCCUGAUGAAUCUCUUAGGUGUGAUCUUCAUGAAGGGCAACUCUGCUCCUGAGGAAGACAUCUGGAAAUUCCUAAAUAUGAUGCGAGUAUAUGCUGGGAGGAAGCACUUCAUCUAUGGAGAGCCAAGGAAGCUCAUCACUCAAGAUUUGGUGAGGCUGCAGUACCUGGAGUACCGCCAGAUCCCCAACAGUGAUCCCGCAGGCUAUGAAUUCCUGUGGGGUCCCAGAGCCCUUGCUGAAACUACCAAGAUGAAAGUCCUGCAAUUUCUGGCGAAGGUCAAUGAUACCAUCCCCAGUGCCUUCCCAACCCAUUAUGAAGAGGCCUUGCGAGAUGAAGAAGAAAGAGACCAAGCCGCUGAUGAAACCACACCUGAGGCUACUGAUGAAGUUACUUUGGUUUGGAGAGGUGAAGAAAAAAAAGCCCGAGCCAUUGGUGUCGCUAAGUCUAAGGCUACUGCCAAAACUCGUGCAAGGCGCCUGGCAGUGUCUUACUGA